CUCUCUCUCUCUCUCUCUGCCUUUUUCUCUUUUGUUGUUGACUUUAUUAAAAGUGAAACGAAGCUGAAGUGGACAAAUGACGCCAGUGUUCGCUAUUUACAAGGAGUUGGGAAAGCAAUAGUCUCGCCUUCACACUUCAGUGUAUUGAUACAAACCAACCAGAGUACGGCUUGUCACUGGCACAGAUAAUAUCAAGUAGGCAAUAGAAGAGCGACGAUAAGGGGAGAUAAGUAUUCAGUAGUGCAGAUUUCUUACAAUGCCGAACAGACUCAAAUCUCAAGAUGCUAAUACCGAUGAGUUGCAAAGAAAACAAAGCAGCGUAACCAUGGAAUCCAGAAAAUUCGAGAAACGCCGGUCGGAGCCUUUUAUCCCAAAGUCGACUCUCCCCCAAGUGCAAGAAAACUGUACAUUCCCAACAAGCGAUUUGAUGAGUAGGCUAGACAAAGCUGAACUCAGAAAUAAGGAGAGUUCUAAAGCGGAUUUCUCCUCGCACAAGAAGCGGCCUAUAAGACGUCACCACACCAUAGGGACGAUUGAAGACAUGAGUAAAGAUGGAACCAAGAUGAGAAUGCCCAAGAAAGAACUUCUCUACUCUUCUAGCUACAGCCCGACCACGGAACAUUCUUUUCCCUUCAAGAGAGCCAUCGCCCCAGUAACAGAGGUCUUAGAUGUGGAGAAUGAAACAAAUUUUAAGGAACCUGUUCCAGACAAAUCCCCGCGACCAUCAAUCACCUACGGGCACAGACCUUCUAAGGUCAAUUUUCAAACAGUUACCAACAAAGUCACCAAACUUCUAAAUGCUAGGAGAGCAUUUCUCCCUCGAAAAUCUAUCAGCAAAGAGGAAGAUUUUGAUGUAAACGCUGCAGACAAAUUACCCAAAACGCCGAGAUUCUCAUCCUCUUUGUCAGCCGAGGCUCAAUACGCCUUAAUGAAAGGUUACGAAGAUAAAAUUGCGGACACCUUGACACAGAAAUACCCAGAAUUCCAGGAUCUUAUCAAGAGAAACAAAACCCCACAUCACAGCAUAGCGAUCUCAGACAAAAGUCGGAGCAAGAAGAAACGAAAACCGAAAGAGCUUCAGCCAACAGAACGUGGAGGAGAUAUUGCUGAAAGUAAAGACAGCAUGAUAAACACUGACAAUGAGGCUCUGGGAAAAGAAGCGUAUCCUGAGCAUAUAAAAUCACAAGACUCGUCUCAAGCCCAGAAGGAGUUUCUUCAGCAAUCUUCUUUCCCUAAAGAAACAGUUGAUUCCUGUUUGGCUAACCUUAGACGAUUGUCUUUGGUGUUUCCGGUUCUGGCUUCCAACAAAUCUGAGAAAGAAGACAACAUGCUAGAUGGCCGUGCCUUCACAACCCGCUUGGCGCAAAGAUCUCAUUCUCUGAGCUCCACCGCCCCGUCCACAGUGCCUCGCGAGAGACAGAUCUUACUUUCCUAUCGUCUGGAGCGAGCCAUGGACCUAGUGGACACAAUGAGACCAGUCUGUGAGAACACACUGUCUCCAAGAAUUUCUGGACGUCGUGAGGCGCCCGUGGUUGACUACAACCACUGGGCUGAUGUGUGGGCCACAGAGUUCGAAACCAAUGCAGUCAAUUAAACAAUAAUUGGGCCUGUGUAGUGAACUAUAAUUUGGAUAAUGUCUUACAAAACUAUUAGUUCGAGUGUAUUUUGUAGUAUAUUUUGUUUUGUUUAAAUUAUCAUUAUAUAGGACUACAAAGUAUUACGUAUCUCUUCCUUCCGCACAAGAAAUAGCUUGUUACUAUUUGCUAAGGAUUUCGUAGUACAAUUAUGAAAUUGAAAGUGGGAUAAAAAAAGCGAUCCAAACUUUCAUUUUGAAACAAAUAUUUUUUUUUUUGGUUCACCUCAUCUUUUUUUUUUCUCUCCUAACCCCUUUUACACACACAUACAUACACAUACACAUGUUCAGUAAAAGUUCGAGUCCUCAAGGGGACUAUUUCAACUUAUACCACAACGGCUGUCUAGUACGAUCUCUUUCCCUUGUUCAAAAUACCAAACAAAAUAGUUAAUUACCAAUAGUUAAUUAACUAAUUGGUUGUUUUAUUGAUUUUUGUGCUGUCAGGUAAAAGAAAUAAUUGUGCAAAAUUUCAGCUUAUUUCGAGAUAGGGUGUCGGAGAAAUAACGCGUACAAUUAUUUUGCCAGACAUACAGACAGACAGACCGACAGAGUGAGUUGAUUUAAGCGUUGUUUAAAAAAACAAAAAGGAGCACUGACAGUUGACCCAUACAGUGUAAGGCUCUGUGCAUAGAAACUCGAACUACUGCUAGGUAAACAGUGGAGAGCUCAUUUCGUUUCACAUAACUAGACACCGCAAAUGUAACAAUUGAGAACUUCAUUGUCGCUUUAUGUUCUAAUGCAGGGGUUCCCAACCUGUGGAUCGCGACCACCUUGGGGGUCGAUUGACGAUUUGCCAGGGGUCGCCUAAGACCAUCGAAAAAAUGGAUUGUUAUUGUCUAUUCUUCUAUUGCUGUAUGUGUGUGUUGGGGGGGGGGGGCCUCGGCAGAGUGGGGGAUUGUAAAAAGGAGGUCGCCGAGCAUAAAAGGUUGAGAACCGCUGUCUGAUGGCUGUAUGAAAACUUCGAGUUAAAAUAAAAUUAUUAUACAUUAGUUCAUUCACUGAAGAAGAUAAUCUUAACUAUCUAAAAACUUUCUUAGUGAGUCAUACACAAUCAGUAAACAAAAUUAGAUUAAGGCAGAACUUAAUUUUGAAACUUAAAUCAAGAAAAAAAAUCUUUAAUUAUUAUUGUUAGUGCCUUUUUGAUAUAUUUUGUAUUCUUUCUGAGAGCACUUAAUUUUAGUUCAGAUUAUACCAAAAAAAAGACCCUAAGUUCUGCUAGGGCCGCACUGCUGGUGAUUCGUAAUAUGUAUUUUUUCAUGAUAAAAAAAAAAUUACGUCAAAGGGGGAGGGAAGAAGAGGGUAUCUUGGUGAAUGUUUAAAUGACCGUUUUUUUAAACGGAUAAAAACUAUUCACUCAUGGCUCGAGUCCUCAAGGGGACUUUUUAUUAUACCACCACAUUAAUCAAGCAACAUUUCUUUCCCUUGUUCGAGAUACGAAGCAAAAUAAUUGGUUACCAAUAGUUAAUUAACUAAUUUGUUGUUUUUUUAGAUUCUUGUGUUGUCAGGUCAAAGAAAUAAUUAUACAAAUUUCAGCUUGAUCUGAGACCAGUUGUGGGAGAAAUGACUUGUAGAAACUUUUGACCAAACAGACAAAGGGAGUUGAUAUAAGCUUUGUAAAAAGAUUUUGAAAAUAAAUAAACAAGAUAUUAAAAUUGUGUCAA